CCCUGUUUGUUUGUGUUGAGAGAUUGGAAAUGGCGGAGAGCGGAGAGCAGAGCGAUAACUUGGCUUAGCAAACGCAACUGCACCGCUACCGACACGCGCAAACCCGCGAGCGUGAUCCACGGAGUCCCCCGCCAUUCGCUGCUGCCGACCGGACUCGCGUGGCCCCCACGGACGGCGUGAAAAACGUUUAUUUGGAGCGAGAUUUAGCAAAAGCUCGGCUAGCUGGCUGAGCUAACCGAGCUAGCAGCCUGGCUAACUUCACGUCGUGUGUGAUUUCGACCACGCAGGCUUGUUUGUCAACAAAAGCUGACGUUAAAUUGACAGCGAGCCAGCUUACAUACAACUUCUGGAAAGUUUCCAGAUCAACCCACGCGUGUUUUAACAUGGUCCCGACGCUUGACCGCAGUAUUAUCAACCUAAAGUAGGAGAGGAGAAAAAGAAAAACAGUGAGGCAGCUGAGUGAGUUUCCGACCAAGCAGUAGGUUAAGCUGGUUAGCCAAGUUAGCCGACUGGCUUUGGGUUAAGCUGGGAAACAAUCAACGGAACCCGACGGAUCUGCGGAACCAAGCCGAACCGGAGCCCGAGCAGAGGCCGGCUGGCUUCUCCCUGCACCUGGGAUGGUGCCAUGUGACCUUACGGCGGCGGAGCCCUAACCUCACCACCGGCGCUCCAUCACCUCGACUUUUAAGCCGUUCGCCCUCCAGUGGCCUCACCUGCAGAGUCCCCUCCACCUCUUUUAUCUGUGGAGAGAGCCCAGAAGAAGGCCACCACAUGACUCAUACACUGGAGCCCUGGACCAAGUCAGUCUAAGCUGAAAAUGAGUGCGGUUGGGGAAAGCCCCCUGGACCCUGCCACGCCAGAGUCACGCAAGAGGAAGGGCUCGCCAUGCGAUACAUCGGGGCAAAGUGUGGAGAAGCGGAGGCGGGAGCUGGAGUGCCGCUACAUCGAGGAUCUGGCUGAGCUGGUGUCGUCCAACAUGGGCGACAUUGCCAGUCUGAGCGCCAAGCCGGACAAGUGCCACAUCCUGAGGAGCACCGUGGACCAAAUCCAKCAGAUCAAACGGCGGGAGCAGGAGAAAGCAGCUCUUCUGUCUCCAGACGACGACGUGCAGAAGAGCGACGUCUCCUCUAGCAGUCAGGGUCUGGUGGAGAAAGAGGCGCUGGGGCCCAUGCUGCUGGAGGGAUGGAUGAAUGAGUAAAUGGUUGGUUGGAUGGAUGGAUGAGUAAAUGGACAGAUGGAUAAUUCGAUGAAUAAUUGUAUAAAUGAAUAUUGGAUGAAAGGAUGAAUAAUCAGAUGUUCUCCUGUUUAAAGUAUCUCCUCCUCCUCCUCUUCUUCUUCUCUCCGUUUCUCCGUCCGGCCAGUGAACGGCGCGCCGUGGCCGCAGGAAGCCGGCCGCAGGAACAGCCACACCUUUAACUGUCGCAUGCUGAAGCGGCCGCCGGACGAGGCGGACGCCGAGAACCUGGAGGCGCGGCAGCAGUACGAGAUCAUGCAGUGCUUCACCGUGUCGCAGCCGCGGCCCGUCCAGGAGGACGGAGACGACUUGCAAAGCUGCCUGAUCUGCAUCGCCUGCCGGAUUCCACGCACCGAGUCUUUUAUCACGAAGCAGGACCCGACAGGGAAGAUCAUCUCCAUAGAAACCAGCGCUCUGCGAGCGACGGGCCGCCCUGGCUGGGAGGACCUGGUCAGGAAGUGCAUCUACGCGUUUUUUCAGUCGCCGGGCAAGGAGCCCUCGCACGCCAAGAAGCUGCUGCAUGAAGUGAUGGCGCACGGCACCGCCGUCAGCCCUCUGUACCGGUUCACCCUGAGUGACGGGACGCCGCUCAGCGCUCAGACUCGCUGCAAGUUCUGCUGCCCACCAAAACCCGACGUUCAGCCCUUCAUCAUGGGCAUCCACACUAUUGACAGGGAACACAACACUGCUAGCUCUCAGGAAAACACUAACCCCAGCCUUCCUCCGACCCCCAGCAGUAUUGCUCACACCCCGUCCCGGUCCCCUUCGCUCCCCCCCGGCAGUAACUCAAACCAAGGCUCUGUCCUUCACGCCAACAACAGCGGACCCAACCCCUCCACACCAACAGGCUACCUGACGCCCAACCGGACGAACUGCCCCCAGGAGGUCAGCAGUCCCUCGGCUCUCAGCAGCCCUCACACAGCCACCUCUACCUCGUUUUUGUCGCCCAGGAUGCUGCGAGCCAGUCCUGGGUUGGGGGGAAGCCCUCGGGUCCCGGGGAACCCCUUCUCCCCCUCCACGCCGGGGCUCCAGUCCCCUUCGGGGGCGUUGAGCAGCGGUGGGUCGGCAGGGUCUUUCCCCCUGUCGUCUCCUGGACUUCAGAGACAAGCCAGUAUGCCCACCGGCUCCUCCACUCGCCCGCUGUCUGCAAAGCCCCAAAAGGGAGCGGGAGACGGGGGAGAGGACUCGAAUAAAGCCCCCGUUCCAUCUGCCUCAUCGCUGGGGAACCCCAGACUCAACCAGCUCCUGGACAGCAGUGUCACAGGAGCUGAAUCCAACAACAACAACUCAUCACCUCAUCCUCCUCACCCCUCCCUGGGUCCUCAGUGCCCCGCUUCCCACAGCAGUCUGACGGAGCGGCACAAGAUCCUGCACCGGCUGCUCCAGGACAGCAGCCCGAACGACGCCGCAGAAGACGGAGGGAAUAAAAAUGAAGUUGAGAUCAAGAAGGAGCCGCCGGUGAGUCCGGCGCUGAGCACAGCGUCCCACAAGUCCAACUCCAGAGAGCCGCAGGACCACCAGCUACUGCGAUUCCUCCUGGACACGGACGAAAAGGACCUGGGCGACCUUCCACCGCCGUCAGCCCUGAGCCUCCAGACGGUCCGGGUGAAGGUGGAGAAGAGAGCCAGCGGCGACGGCCUCACCUGCUCGAGUUCGUCCAUCCCACCUGGCGGGACGCCCAAACUACCGGGAGUCCCUGCUGGCUCGGCCGGCGCCAGCCCCAAAUCCAGCCCUCUGGGAGAGAACCGCAGGGACUCCACGUUAUCUGUUGGACCUGCUGAUCCGGACGCUCUCAGCCAGCUCCUGCCCRGCCUCAGAGGUCCGCUCGGAGCCAAGCAGGGCAGCGAGGAGCCGGUGAAUCCCGGCGGAGGCGGCGCCCAGCUCCACUCUCCCUCCACGCAGCUCCCGGCUCCGCUCCAGUCCCCGGUGCCUCACCUCCAGUCGCCCCUGUCCCAGCCGCAGUCUGUCCCCCAGCUGCAGUCCCCGUCGCCUCAGCUGCACUCCCCGUCCCACCAGGUCAAGCUGCAGUCCCCCACUCACCUGCAGCCCGGUGAGGCCUGCACUCCCCGCAACGUAAAUGUGAAGAGGGAGCCGCCAGGGACUCCRAACAGAGUUUCAGGACUUGUCGACGGCGUCCCGACCUCAGGCUGCAGCCUCCAGACACAGCCAUCGUUUGAUUUUUGCAGCCCUGCCACUCCAAGCCAGCAACAAGGAGACCUCUUCCAGACGCCCAAGGAUAGCAGCCCCUUUCCAGAGACCGAAGUCAUCAACCCUUUUGCUCCGAGUUCUGGGCUGACGAAGAUGGAUGUGGGAGAUUCCCAGUUCCAGCCUCUGGCUCUGACUGACACUUUGUCUUUUGAUGGACAUGGGACUCCUUUACAACCCUCCUUAUCGUCGCCACAAGAACAGCGUGUUCCGRGCACGCUGGACGAAGAGCUGGGCCCGCCRACCACGCCUGAAGCCCGAAACGAUGAGAAGGCUCUGAUCGAGCAGCUCGUGUCCUUCCUGAGCGGGACGGACGAGAGCGAACUGGCCGAACUGGACAAGGCCCUGGGUAUCGACAAACUGGUUCAGCAGCCGCCGCUGAACGCCCAGAUGCUGGCGCAGCGUCAGAGGGAACUCUACAGCAUCCACCACCGGCAGCAGCAGCAGCUCCUCCAGCACAAGGUCAGGCUCAUGAGACAGAACAUGGUGGCGGGCGCKCCGGCYGGGGGCCCGGGAACCCCCAGGGCACCCAAAGGCCCCCCGACGACGUCUCAGCAGCAGUUCAGCUUCCCGCCGGGGUUCGCCCCGAUGGCGGGCAGCACCCCUACCUCACCGAGUCACUUCAGCGCCGCGCCGGGGGCCCCGUUGGACACCAAGAUGUCCGCCAGGGGCCCCCUGAGCAACCAGGCGCUGCUGGGUGGCUUACAGGGCCAGUUUGACGGCGCCGGGAACCCGGCGAUGCAGCAGGGGCUGUUUCAGCAGUUUGGAGGGUCUGCUGCGGUGCAACAAGACCCCCCAUUUCCUCCUGAGAUGAGCCCCACAAGCCCAUUGUUAUCACCUCAGAACUCCACCUCCCAGAGUCCCCUGCUUCAGCAGGCACCAACUCCUGGCUACCAGUCACCAGACAUGAAGAGCUGGCAGCAGACAGGCCUGGGCGGCCUGUUCAGUCAGUCAGGACAGAGUGCAGGACAGGCGUUUGGCCAGCAGGGGGUGUACAACAACAUGAGCAUCACCGUCUCCAUGGCUGGAGGCGCAGGCGGCGUCAGCUCUUUACCUCCCAUGGGACAGGCGGUUGGCAUGAGCAACAGUAACCUCAACAACGUCGGCUCAGUGUGCAGCGACCAGCAGGUGCAGCAGGUYCAGGUGUUUGCUGACGUCCAGUGCACGGUGAACCUCGUCGGCAGCGACUCCUACCUGAACCAGGGCUCGAUGGGGGCCGCGGCUCCCCAGAAGGGCCCCGUUCCCCAGGGCUCGCAGACCAGCCAGGCCCAGCAGAAGAGCCUCCUCCAGCAGCUCCUCACUGAGUGACGCCCGCCCCAUCCCGUCAGCUCUCCUGCUCCCUCCCACUGUUCUUUACCGCCGCUGCUUUGGAGGCCGGCGCACCAGACCCAUCGCUGUCUCCGUCUCACCUGUCGGACAGACAGACGGACGGAGUCGGCGGGUGUCGGUGGAGGGGCCUGGUCACUUCACCGGGCCAGAACUUAAAGGAGCAGCGGUGUUAUUUAAACCUGCCUGUCUAAUCUGUCUGACAACCUGUCUGUCUGCCUCAGCCUAUUAAAGGCAGUGUUGUCUUGCUGCUCAUUUCUCGGUGACCUACUUCCUGCUUCCUGACCCAAGACAAAACAACUGCGACGUCAUUGUAGAUUUGCCAAGUUUUCGUCACUGUCGAAUCAGGGCCGACCUCCUCUUUCUUUAUUUCCUCCUUYCUUUCUCUCUUUCUUUUCUGUCUUGAUGGCGCGAACGCCCGCACAUCAGCAGCACCUCUGGCUUUUGAUCUCCCUUUGUUUGUGUCGUUUCUGUUCGUCUCUUUCUCUCUCAGCGAUGUGGGAAUGUUAAGGUUUCAGACCUCAGCGGCAUUGUGGGAUAGAAGCUCAGGAUCAGCUGGUUCUGGUUCUGGUCCUCUCUAUCUGCUGCAGUGCCUGGUGGAAGUGCGAGUUUCUCCCAAGCUCUGCUGCUUCUUCUUUUUUUUUUUUUCUAGUCUGGUUUUAUUUUUUUAUGUUUUGGGUUGUUUAAAAAAAAAUCUGCUCUCUCUCCGUCAUCAUCAUCAUCAUCACGACCUCCAGAACAAGCUUUGACACCAACCGGGACGGACAGAUGGAUGGGAGUCAGAGGGGAUGCUGCUCAGUUUUGAAYUUAGAUGUCUUUCUUUAUUUUUUAUUUCUGUCAGAGUAUAAAAACAGACUGUUAUGAUUAUUUAACUGUCCUGUCCGUCACAUUUUAGCCUCACCUCAGCAGAUGUGAAUCCAGAAGCCCGGCAGGGUUCUUCCUCUCCUCCUCUCGUUCUCUUUGUCUUCACGGUUCCUCUCAGCCUAUCAGUGUUGUUUGCCACGUGCAUCAUGCAGGCGGGUAGUAUUUGUACAUUACAGAAGGACAGAGACUUUGGGGUGAGCUAACCUAUUAUCUUGUAACUGCUUUCCUUUUGAGAUGAAAAGAAAUGUAAUUAAUUGAAUACUCAGAAAAAGAAACGUGUAUAAUUUGAUUCGAUCCAUUUAUUUUUGUUUGUUUUUAUUAGAUUUAAGCAAGUUCUAAUAAUGUCUGCUCAUUUUUGAGAUUUUAUUUUGACAUAUUGUGACACAGCUACAUGUUGCAGUGGAGGAGGAAGUUAUUCCAGCUUCUAAAAAUGUGAAAUUUUAAGCGAUUUGACUUUGGAGAAAAUUAGAUAUUAGUGGCUCCCUUUUCUCUCUUUUUUUUUUUUUUUUUUUU